AUUCGAUUGCAUACUUAAAUGCUCUACAUUUUCUAUGCUUAUUUUUCAAGUACUUCCGUUUUUGCUGGAAAUUCCAGACGUAACGUAGUUAGAUAAUCCAGUACGUUGUAAAGUAAGUUGCUAGGCAACGCUCGGUCGCAAAGCUGAAUUUCCGAUUGUAUUUAUUCCGCAGUUUGUUGAAUUAUCUUCACGACAAAAGCAGAGUCAUAGAUUAGAUGGUUCAAGUACCCCAUGAUAAACACCUGUAAAUAAGCUACGCCCCACGUCACUUCGCAAACCAGAUUUUUAAGGCUUUUCCAUUCUAUGACUGACAAAAGUAACAGUUUCGUUCAGUAGCUUCCGCAGAUUUAUUGUGAUUACCCCACAUUCCAAUUCCCGCGGUUUACCACCAUUGUAAACCGUUCCUGUGCGCCGAAAACACCGCACCGAUAUAGUACGUGACACAAGUUAUAAUAUGAGUGCGCCUGUUUAACACUACCGUCGGAUUACGACAGCGAAUCGUCCGAUCGGGAAUCCUUAAUUUAAUCAUGUGCCAGUUACACCGAGAAAUGACGUCUACCAAUUGAAAAUUUUAGUGAAACUUUGAAGAGUUUUUUAAGCUUUCUUGUGGAACGUAGGCUACGUCGUCAACACCCACUUUUUUAAAGUAUGGAAAAAUUUGCUGUGGAUCUAGAUAAGGUCUUGGAUGACUUUGAAUUACAAGAGGACCAGGCAGAACAGUUUGUUAAGAAUGGUGAAAAACAUGAUUGCUUGGAAACUGAAGAAUCUCGGGAAAAUUUUCCUGGAUUAUUAGAUUUUAUAACAACAGAACCACUUGCUGAUUCUGCCAAUCAUCAAAAGGAAUUUCCCCAGUUCUCAAACCUUGUGGGUUGUGAAGACAUCGAAUCCAAAUCUCCUUCUUCAGAUGCCCCACAAUUAAAACAGACUGAAACAUCUGACUGCCUAAUAAAAAAUGAACUUCUGGAUUUAAAAUCUAGUGUGGAUGAAACCACCAAUGAACAUUCCAACCUGAAUGAGCUACUUCUUGAUUUAAGUGAAGCCUUGGACAGUGUUCUUGUCACAGAAAAAUCUGUUAAUUUGGAGAUUGAAAGUUCUUCUUUGCUGGAUCAGUCAUUCACAGAGGAUGCUGUGGCUCAACCAUUGUUAUCUAACAUUAUAAAAGAACAAGCCUUUAAUCCAUCUCAUCCUGAUGCUUUAACAGAUGAUGAACUUGAAAGCUAUCUUGCCGAGUUGGAAAAAGAAGAUGAAGGGGAAAUAUCACAGCCCACACUUAAGGCAAAAUUAGGUAGUGAAGAAGAAAGUAAUCAUAUACCGAAUUGUUCAUUGGGAAUACUUGAAGCUGACAAAGAAAUUGAAUGUUCCAAUAUUGGUGAUGUCAAUGAAAAAACACUUAUGGUUCUGCCUUUGGCAGAAGAAGAGGAAAGUGUACCACUAUCUGACAGUGAAGUAACAUCAACAGAGGAAUCAAACAGCUCAUCCUUUAGUGAUUCAGAUUCUUCAGAUGCACAUCCUAAUUUGCAUGAAGACUCAUUCAGCACUGAAGAAGAAAUGCCUCAGUUGAUAGACGAUCCUUGUUUAUUAAACACUGAAAAUGUCGUCGAAACUGUGCUGCCCCAGAUCAUGGUGGAUCAAAUAGUCGAUGGCGGUGAAUCGAAUCCUUCUCACAUACCAGAGGGCAACCUUGAUAAGUCGUCGUCUUGUGAAGUGAAUGAACCAGCAGGUGGGGUAGUUAUGGAAGAUAUAACUGCGCCGCCGUUAGAUGUUAAUACGGAAAACAACGUGACGUCUGUGAUGUCGGAAUUCUCACAUGAAGACAAUGCACCUUUAGAGCCUUACAGCAGCUUGACUGAAGAUGAACGUCUACUUGGAGUACUGAAGCCUGUUUGGAUUCCCGAUGAAGAAGCUCCUCAAUGCAUGAAUUGCAGUCAGCGGUUUACAGUCAUUAGGCGACGACACCAUUGCCGUGCAUGCGGAAGAGUCCUCUGCAAUAAUUGCUGUUCCUCACGUGCUCGUCUUGAGUAUAUGGAAAGCACUGAGACUCGGGUAUGUUUACCAUGUCUUCAAGUCCUUAGAAAAGUUGAGGCAUACAAAAAAUGGGGUAGCGUGACCGAGUCCCAAACAUCAACUAAUACAGUGGAUAGUGGUAGUCAGAGUAGUUUUGACUCUACUCCCACGUCUAGUCCAUCCCCACAUCUUCCUAAUCCUGUUGCCAGAGUCAAUGUCAAUAAUCCUGCUGAGUACUGCUCCACUGUUCCACCUGCACUCCAAAUCGCAGCUGCUGCUGCACUGCCGACUCCAACUGUGAUGGUCCCAGUUGGAGUCUUGAAGAAAGAAGGAACUCCUUCACAUCCACGAACGAAAAGCGAACCCAAGCAGGUAAUUUUUAGUGAUGGAAUUCGACCUGGAGGCGACUUGGCUGAAUUAGAUGCAUGGCGUGCCCCAGCAGCUGAUUCUCAGUCUGGUAUUCAUCGGUCGGUGUCGCGUCGAAUCCCCAAAAAAGUAUCUAUUACCACACCCACGCCAGAAAACAGUACUCCUGAAGCGAGUAAAAACCAACAGAUGAUAAAGCUCGUCCCUUCUCUACCUCCAGUUGUUAACGGACCGGAAUCAAUCGAGCAGUUACAAUGUGCGUUAGCCGAUCCCGUUGCUCCUUCAGUGGUCUUUGCUAUGCAGCCUAGUCAGCCUGGAGUUGAUAGACACUUACUAUUGGUGCGAGUAAAACUACUCCAACUUGAUUGUUGUGUUCGAAGGAAAUGCUGGUCAUUUACUACAUGUGGAAUGCGAUGGGUGGCCCAAGACGAAAUAGUAAUUCUACUAGAACAGCAGUCCGACGCUUCCACAGAAAAUAGCGUCAUGGACGAAUUGUUGCCUCCUGAAGAUAUAUUUUACCACCUUCUUUCCAUUUACGAAGAGGCUAUGAACAAACAUCACGUUAUCAUCAAUCUAGGUCAUACAGUCACUCCUGGAACAUUUCUCGGUUCAACCGAGCAUGGUGGUUUCUUGUUCUUCCGUACAACUUUUCAAUGUGUACAGCAACUACCCUUACCACCUCCUCCUUAUCUGGUUGGAGUGCUACUACAACGUUGGGAGAUUCCUUGGGCUAAAGUGUUUCCACUGCGCCUUCUAUUACGACUGGGUGCCGAAUUUCGUUAUUAUCCUUGCCCGCUGUUUAGUGUCCGCAAACGCAAGUCAGUUUUUGGCGAAGUUGGACAUACUAUCGUCAACCUUUUAGCUGACAUGAGGAAUUUUAGCUACAGUUUACCGGCAGUCGCAGGGCUUGUCGUACAUAUGGAAGAAAAAGAAACUAACAUUUUGCUGCCCAAAUCGCGUUAUCAGCAAGUGUGCAAAGCAUUGGCCCAAUCGAAUGAUCACGUCAUUUCACUUGCGGCUUCGUUUAGUCCACAAGCGGAUGCCCACCUGGUCUGUCUUCAGUUGGAUGACGGAUCUUACCAGACUCAAGCUAUUAACAUACAUACACGGCCACGAAAAGUUACGGGUGCAAGUUUCUUAGUCCUAAAUGGCGCCUUGAAAAGCUCCAGUGGCCUUAGUGGUCGUUCUUCAAUCGUCGAAGAUGGAGUGAUGGUGCAACUUCUUCCUGACAUGCUAAGUAAUUUAAAACAGGCACUUAUUCGGAUGGAAAAUUAUACUAUCCAAUGUGGAAAAAUAAUCAACGAACAACCGGAAGAGACGGUUACGCUUAAGUGGGUGGAUCAGGAACCUUCUCCUGUCAAUUCGGGAGUCCAAUCACCAAUCGAUAGUCGAAGCUUUACCGGGAUAUCGUCGAUCCGUGUCAUGCAGCCACGUGAUUUUAAGGGCGAGGGGCAAAGACUAUUGCGUUGGACGGAACUGUUCAUUAUUAAAACUGAGGAUAGUGCGCACUCAUCUUCGAACAGAAUAGAGGAUAACGGAGACAUAACACGUUUUGCUGAAACUGUCGCUAAGGCAGCGUCAAUAGCUCUGGCUGCCAAGCUCGCCAGCCUAGAUCCUCAUACUUUAAUUGGGCUACGUGUUUCACUGGAUGGAGAUUCGGUGGAAUAUCAAGCCGGAGCUGGUCAUGCUCCCCUUCCUAAUACGUGUGUCGAGGAACUGGACUCAUCGCUUAUACCAAUCUUGCAUCGAGAAUCUUCAGGACAAGGUGUUCCGUGUGUAGUGGAACUUUGGUUUCAAGUUGUUCAUCCGUAAAUGGCGAUAGCGAUCGCCGAUACUGAUGCAACAGCUAUAAUUGAAAUGUGAUGGCUUUGUAAUAUUUGUAUAACAAUCAAGUAGUGGGUCUUCUUGCUGCUGCUACCCAACAAGUUUUGUUACUCUGUUGUUAUCACGAAAGGUUCUAUAUACUGGUUGCCAUUCCCCAUUUCCUUAUCUUUUGAGAGAAAACAUUUUCCCUCGUCUAAAUACCAAUAAACUACGUUUAGUCAUCUUA